CUAUAAUCCUCCGCGGCGGCGGAAACGGCCCCCUUUUCGCCCGGGUGGCGCGUCUCAAGAUGGCGGUGCAGAUCUCCAAGAAGCGAAAGUUUGUGGCUGAUGGUAUCUUCAAAGCGGAGCUGAAUGAAUUUCUGACUCGGGAGCUGGCAGAAGAUGGCUACUCUGGAGUGGAGGUCAGAGUUACCCCAACCAGGACAGAAAUCAUCAUCCUUGCAACCAGAACUCAGAAUGUUCUGGGUGAAAAAGGGCGCCGCAUCCGAGAGCUGACCGCCGUUGUACAGAAGCGUUUCGGCUUUCCCGAAGGAAGCGUGGAGCUGUAUGCCGAGAAGGUGGCCACGAGAGGCCUGUGCGCCAUCGCCCAAGCCGAGUCCCUGCGCUACAAACUCCUGGGGGGGCUGGCGGUGCGUCGGGCGUGUUACGGCGUCCUCCGCUUCAUCAUGGAGAGCGGGGCCAAGGGCUGCGAAGUGGUGGUGUCGGGGAAGCUCCGGGGGCAGCGAGCCAAGUCCAUGAAGUUCGUGGACGGCCUGAUGAUCCACAGCGGAGACCCCGUCAACUACUACGUCGACACGGCCGUGCGCCACGUCCUCCUCAGGCAGGAGAGCGUCUGCGUGGCAGCCUUGAUGAUGGGCUCUGGAUACUGCAAGCCGUUCCCCUUCUGUGAUGAUACGAUGACGAGUCAGAAACGGACACGAUCGUGCUCAGAGGCGUGUUACGGCGUCCUCCGCUUCAUCAUGGAGAGCGGGGCCAAGGGCUGCGAAGUGGUGGUGUCAGGGAAGCUCCGGGGGCAGCGAGCCAAGUCCAUGAAGUUCGUGGACGGCCUGAUGAUCCACAGCGGAGACCCCGUCAACUAUUACGUCGACACGGCCGUGCGCCACGUCCUCCUCAGGCAGGGGACAGGUGUUGGUGACAG